UAUUUAAGUAUCAUCUCGAUUCGAAUUAUUCUAUUAGUGGCUACAUUAGCCAGAACAAAUCUGUGUCGCACGAUGUCAGUCGGUGAUAGUCUUCCAUGCGGUUAGCAUGGCUUCUUCAGUGAAAGAGCGUGGAAGCUGGGCCUCCAAGACGGAAUUUAUCUUAUCGUGUCUUGGCUACGCGAUCGGAAUCGGUAAUGUGUGGAGAUUUCCCUAUCUGUGCUACCGAAAUGGCGGUGGAGCGUUUCUGGUUCCGUAUCUGUCGAUGUUGUUCUUGUGUGGAAUUCCGUUGUUUUUUCUCGAGGUUUGCCUCGGUCAGUUCACCGGUUUGGGUUGCGUAACAGUGUUCAAGAUCGCUCCCUUGCUAAAGGGGGCUGGACCGGCAAUUGUGAUAAUAAACUUUAUCUGUUCGUCGUAUUAUAAUGUAAUCAUUGCCUAUCCAAUGUUGUUCCUAUGGAAGUCGAUGCAAGCUCAACUGCCUUGGGAGAGCUGCAAUAAUGAGUGGAAUACGCCGAGAUGUUUGGAGCUGGGUGGACAAGGCAGGGCACAGAUAUUAAUGAAUAACAGUAUGUUAAGCCCAGCGGAGCGUUGGCGAACUCCUGCGGACGAAUUUUUCCACAACGAAAUUCUUCACAUCUCGGAUGGUAUCGAAACUGUCGGUUCCAUCGUGUGGCCCUUGUUCGUGUGCAAUGCCAUUUCGUGGGUAGUCAUCUACGCUUGCAUCAUCAACGGAGUGAAAUCCAUUGGGAAAGUGGUGUACUUUACGGCAACGUUUCCGUUUGUGGUUCUGGGCAUUUUGUUCGUCCGUGGGAUCACGCUGCCUGGCGCAGCGGAAGGAAUUCGGUUCUACAUUAUGCCCCAGUGGAGUGAGCUUACCAACUUGAAGGUGUGGGCAGAUGCUGCAAUACAGAUCUUCUUCUCACUGGGUCCCGGUUGGGGAGGGAUUGUGAAUAUGGCCAGUUAUAAUCAGUUCAAGAAUAAUACCAAACUUGAUUCGAUAUUGAUUCCGAUUGUGAACUGUGGAACGAGCAUCUUUGCCGGAUUUGUAGUAUUCUCAGUGCUGGGUUAUUUGUCACAUCAAACCGGACUACCGGUAUCAACGGUGGCCACCGGAGGACCGGGGCUGGCGUUCAUAACGUACCCGGAAGCGAUCGCGAUGCUUCCCUUUCCGCAUCUGUGGGCGUCGCUAUUUUUCAUGAUGCUGUUUUUCCUAGGCGUGGGUAGUAUGUUUGUACAGAUUGAGGCGAUAAUUUCCUCGGUGUUGGAUGAAGUGCCACGGCUAAGACGACGGAAACGGUUGAUUACAUUGGGUAUUUGUUUUGUGAUGUUUUUGCUGUCCACGUCAUGUACAACAGAGGGUGGAAUGUACCUACUGCAGCUGUUCGAUUGGUACUCGGCUUCGAUUUCGGUCAUCCUGGUGUGCAUCGUGGAGGUCAUCGCAGUGGCAUGGAUUUACGGAGUUCAGAAUUUUGUACGUGAUGUUGAAUUCAUGAUUGACCGGCCAGUCGGGCGAUUCUGGGUCGUUUCCUGGAAGUUCGUUACACCGGUCAUACUCAUUUUCAUUUUCUUCACCACCAUCGUUCACAACACUGAAGUUACCUACAACGGAGUUCAAUAUCCGCAGUGGGCAAUUGCCGUCGGUUGGAUGAGCUGUAUAUCGUCAAUGCUGUGUAUUCCGGCUUAUGCGCUGUAUAAGCUCGCUACUACUAAGGGCACGUUUAUGCAGAGAAUCAAAACAAAUUUAAUCCCGUACGAUUGGGGUCCAUCAGACGAACUGCAGAAGUCGUUGUGGCAAAGCCAUGUGGAGAUGAGUCCCAUCGAAUGAAGGUCAUUUUCUAGUAAUAGUUCCUAGCUUCAAGCAAACAGCAUUAAGGAAAGCAUAGAAUUCCUCGAAUUCGGAAAUAAUAGUGAUUACCUAGAAAUUACACUUU